AUGGAGGGGUUCAAUCUAGAGGAGCAGGCGGCGAUCAGAGAUCGAAGCGGCGAGCUAAGCGACCAGUAUCGCAAGUACCUCGCGGAUCAUCCGGAGCUGACGCAGAUAAUGCAUGACUUUCUUGUGAAUGUCCUAGUGAACAAGCCUGAAGACUGUUUCCAGUUCUGCAAUGAAUACUUCGAGAGCUUCAAAGGAGGCGAUGGCUCAGGGGAUGCGGUAGAUGGGUGGGGGUAUGCGAGGGCAAGACCGCUCCUCCUGGUCGGUCCUCCUGAGAGCGGCAAGAGGGGACUAGCGCGGGACAUGGUGAAGGCUCACAUUGAUAAGUUUGGGGUGCUGGUGGCGUUCACGGAUAGGGAGCUAAAGGAGAAGGAGAAGGAGGGGGUCGACUUUCAAACCAUGGACCGAGGCUCUUUCAGCAUAGCGGCGGGGGCGGACGAGUUCAUCGUAGAGCAGGAGAUAGGAGAGAGUCACUAUGGCUGGAAGCAUUCGAACCUUGAGAGCAUCUUUGAGACUGGUAGGUGUGCCCUGAUCCCUUGCCCGUACUCCUGCUUCUCCUCCUUCCGAACUGCUCUAGCGGGAAAGUUCAUGCCAAGAUGUGUCCUUAUCAAACCAGAGGUCGAGGCCUUGAAGCGUCGCCAGCAAGAGAAGGGCUUGAGCAAUGAAGAGAUUGAGAAGAGGGCGAAUGAAACGAUGAACAUGUAUGCUGAGAUAGAGAAGAAGGUUGGACUGUUCGAGAAGGAGUUUGUUGUGGAAUAUGACCAAACUUCGAUUUCUAGAAAGUCUGCUGAACAGAUAGUGGAAUGGACGCUCUCGAUCGACUGGGAGCUGAAGCUGGACAAGGACUUGUCGCAUGCAGCCACCAAGAUUCAAGGGCAGGCGAGAAGACGACGAGACGCUCGGAGAGUGAAGAAGCUCAAGGAAGAGUCGAAGUCGAAGGAGAGUUCAGAAUGAAGAGAAGCUUUCUGAUUGUAUAU